UCCGGGAAAGAUGUCACAGUGAAGGGCAUAUGGAUACAUGUGAACCAUAUGGAGGAAGUUUCACUUCUCACCAAGAUCUUCAGAGUGAUCCCGCUCACUCUGGAGAAAAAACUCAUGUAAAUAAACAGUAUGGAAAAUCCCUCACUAGCAAUUCAUUGGGUAAUGUUGAUCGAAGUCACCCUGGGGAGAAACACGAUGUAUGUAACCAAUGUUGGAGAGCUUUCAGCACAGGUGGGGUUUGUCAACAUGAAUCGACUCACUGUGGGGAGAAACAGUACGUAUGUGACCGAUGUGGGAAAGCUUUCAGCAGUCAGUCCUCUUUUCAAGAACAUGAAAAGACCCACAGUGGAGGGAAACCCUAUGUUUGUAAGCAGUGUGGCAAAGGUUUCACCACACGACGUAGGUGUCAAACACAUGAAAGAAUUCACACAGGUGAGAAACCCUAUGUGUGUCAGCAAUGUGGGAAAGCUUUCUUCACUAGUCAUGGUUGUCAAAACCAUGCAAGGACUCAUACAGGGGAAAAGCCCUAUGCAUGUAAGCAGUGUGGCAAAGCUUUCAGCGAUCAUCAUGCUUGCCGAAGACAUGAACAGACUCACAGUGGGGAAAAACCCUAUGCAUGUAAGGAAUGUGGCAAACGUUUCUGCAGAAAAGAUCACUGGCAAACACAUGAACAGGCUCACGCUGGGGAGAAACCCUAUGUGUGUAAGCAAUGUGGGAAAGCUUUCAGGAGACAAGAUACUUGGCGAAUGCACGAACAGAGUCACACUGGUGAGAAACCCUAUGCAUGUAAGCAGUGUGGGAAAGCUUUUAUGAAACGUAGUGUUUGUCAAAAGCAUGAAUUGACGCACUCUGAGAAGAGACACUGUGUAUGUAGCCAGUGUGGGAUAGUCUUCAGUGGAAAAUAUUCUCUUCAAGCACAUGAAAAGACCCACAGUGGAGAGAAACCCUACGUGUGUAAGCAAUGUGGAAAAGGGUUUGCCACACAGACAGAUUGUGAAAGACAUAUACGGACUCACACUGGGGAGAAACCCUAUGCAUGUAAGCAGUGUGGGAAAGCUUUCAGCACCAAAAGAAGUUGGCAGGUACAUGAACGGACCCACACUGGGGGAAAACCCUAUGUAUGUAAGCACUGUGGAAGAGCUUUCAGCACAAAUGGUUAUUGUCAAAUUCAUGAACGGACUCACACUGGGGAGAAACCCUAUGCAUGUAAGCAGUGUGGGAAAGCUUUCAUCAGCAAAGCAGGUUGGCAAAUGCAUGAAUGGACCCACACUGGGGAGAAACCCUACGCAUGUAAGCAGUGUGGGAAGUCCUUCAGCACACGUCGUCUUUGUCAACUGCAUGAAGGUACUCACACUAGGGAGAAAUCGUAUGUAUGUAUACAAUGUGGGAAAGCUUUGAGCACCAAAGAAGGUUGGCAAAUACAUGAAAGGACUCACACGGGGGAAAAACCCUAUGCAUGUAAGCAAUGUGGGAAAGCCUUUAAUACACGUUCUAGUUAUCGAAAGCAUGAACUGAUUCACACUGGGGAGAAACCUUAUGCAUGUAAGCAGUGUGGCAAAGCUUUCCGCCAAAAAUACAGUUGUCAAAUACAUGAACGGACUCACACUGGGGAAAAACCCUUCGUAUGUAAGCACUGUGGGAAAGCUUUCACCACACGUCGUUUUUGUCGACUACAUGAACAUAUUCACACUAGGGAGAAAUCCUGUGUGUGUAUACAAUGUGUUAAAGCUUUCAGCAGCAAAGCAGUUUCACAAGUACAUCAAAGGAGUCACGCUGGGGAGAAACCCUAUGCAUGUAAGCAGUGUGGGAAAGCCUUCAAAACACGUCGUAUUUGUCAAAACCAUGAACGGACUCACACUGGGGAAAAACCUUAUGCAUGUAAGCAAUGUGACAAAGCUUUCACCAGAAAAGCUCGUUUGCGAAUACAUGAACGGACCCACACUGGGGAAAACCCCUGUGUAUGUAAGCACUGUGGAAAAGCUUUCAGCACAAGUGGUAGUUGUCAACUUCAUGAACGGACUCACGCUGGGGAGAAACCCUCUGUAUGAAUGCAAUAUGGGAAAGCCUUCAACACACAUGAUUGUCAAGGGCAUGAACAGACACACUGGGGCGAAACCCUACGUAUGUAUGCAAUGUGGGAAAGCUUUCAGCAGCAGAGCAGGUUGGCAAACACACGAAAGGACUCAGACUGAGGAGAAACCCUACAUAUGUGAGCAGUGUGGGAAAGCGUUUGUCACACACAGAGGUUGUGAAACAUGUACAGACUCACACUGGAGAGAAACCCUAUGCAUGUAAGCAAUGUGGGAAAGCCUUCCACACACAUGGUGUUUGUCCAAAGCAUGAACAGACUCACACUGACGAAAACCUUAGGCAUGUAAGCAAUAUGGCAAAGCUUUCAGCAGGAAAGAUAGUGCCAAUACAUGAACGGACCCACAUCGGGGAAAAACCCUAUGUACAUAAGAACUGUGGAAGAGCUUUCAGCACAAGUGGUAGUUGUCAAAUUCAUGAAUGGACUCACACUGGGGAGAAACCCCAUGUAUGUAUGCAAUGUGUGAAAUCUUUCAUAUCGCACUCAAAUUGUCAAAGACGUGUAUAGACUCUCGUGGGAGAAACCUUAAAUAUGUAAGCAAUUUGGGAAAACCUUCUACACAAAGUGUCAAAUAUAUGAGAGAAGUCUCACUGUGGAGAAACUAUGAAUGUAAGCAAUUUCAGCCAACACAGUGUUUGUUGAAUAAAUGACAAGACUCAUAAUGGAGAGACACCGUAUGUAUGUAAUCAGUGUAGGAAGGCCUUUGUCAUAGACACUGUGAAACACAUAUACAGAUUCUCACCAGGGAGGAACACUGUGUAUGUAAGUGUUCUGGUUGAUACAUUGGUCAACUUGUGUGUUUGGCUAAGUGACUCAGCAGUUCUACAUCCUGCUCUAGGAUGUUGUUCACUGUGAGUGUGAGAAGUUUAGAAGGUUGACUAUGUGAGUACCGCCCCUUGGUCGGGGUACCCAUCUUACACUAUAAGGGAGGGAAAGAGGCUUGCACACACUGCCAUUCCCCCGUUUGCUCUUGUUGCUGUGCCACUGUGCC